CCGGCGCCGGGAGGCAGGAUGGGCUGUAUCCAAAGCAUCACCUGCAAGGCGCGGAUCCGGCGGGAGAACAUAGUGGUGUACGAUGUGUGCGCCACCAUCGACCAGUGCCCCACGCGCAUCGAGGAGACCUCGCCCAUCGUCCUGCGCUACAAGACCCCUUACUUCAAAGCCUCGGCCCGCGUGGUCAUGCCCCCCAUCCCCCGCCACGAGACCUGGGUGGUAGGCUGGAUCCAGGCGUGCAACCAGAUGGAGUUCUUCAACACCUACAGCGACCUGGGCAUGUCAAGCUGGGAACUGCCUGACUUGAGGGAAGGGCGAGUAAAAGCCAUCAGUGACUCCGAUGGGGUGAGCUACCCGUGGUACGGGAACACCACAGAAACUGUGACCUUGGUUGGCCCUACCAACAAGAUCUCCAGGUUCUCUGUCAGCAUGAAUGACAACUUCUACCCCAGUGUGACGUGGGCAGUGCCGGUGAGUGACAGCAACGUGCCGCUGCUCACGAGGAUCAAGAGGGACCAGAGUUUCACCACCUGGCUAGUGGCCAUGAACACCACCACAAAGGAGAAGAUCAUCCUGCAGACCAUCAAGUGGAGAAUGAGAGUGGACAUUGAAGUGGACCCUCUUCAGCUCUUGGGACAGCGGGCCCGGCUGGUGGGCAGGACUCAACAGGAGCAGCCCCGGAUCCUGAGCCGGAUGGAGCCCAUCCCCCCCAACGCACUAGUGAAACCCAAUGCCAACGAUGCCCAGGUCCUCAUGUGGAGGCCCAAGCGGGGGCCACCGCUGGUUGUGAUCCCUCCUAAGUAGCAGCGGACCAGCCUGACUGUGCGUGAAGCAGAUGCCGCUGAGACACCCAGGGAGGUUGCCAGGGGUGCCAGGAGCCAAACUGAGUUUCUGAGCCAAAGCAGACCUCUCGGUUUGCCAGCCUUUGCAGCCACUUGUGAAGAGCAGGGCUGCUCCUUGGGGUGGUAGAACCAUAAUCCUUAGGGGAAAAUCCCUGCCUUUUAGGAAUAAAGAUCACUGAUUUGACAGACUUGCCGCGAUUACCAUGCAAGUAGCCAUAUUUUGGAGCUGACCACGAUGAUUCUUUUAUCUGAACUAUUGACCAUUUCUUUCCUGUGAGAUGCAGGGGAUGGAAAAGAAAUUAAACAGUGCCUGUGGCAAA